AUGGAAGUUGAAACCACGAAGUCGCCGUCGCAGAAGGCAGCAGCCCCGCUGCCCAAAAUCAUAUUAGUAGCCUCAAUUGCAGCCGGAGUCCAGUUCGGGUGGGCCCUACAGCUCUCCCUCCUCACGCCCUACAUCCAGCUCCUCGGCGUCCCCCACACCUGGUCCGCCUUCGUCUGGCUCUGCGGGCCCAUCUCCGGGAUGAUCGUCCAGCCCAUCGUCGGCUACCACAGCGACCGCUGCACCUCCCGCUUCGGCCGCCGCCGCCCCUUCAUCGCCGCUGGCGCUGGCCUCGUCGCCGUCUCCGUCUUCCUCAUCGGCUACGCCGCCGACAUCGGCCACCUCAGCGGUGACUCCCUCGAGAAGUCGACCAAGCCCCGAGCCGUCGCCGUCUUCGUCGUCGGGUUCUGGAUCCUCGACGUCGCCAACAACAUGCUGCAGGGCCCGUGCCGUGCUCUCCUCGCCGACAUCUCCGGUGACGACCCGAGGAGAAUGCGGACCGCCAACUCCCUGUUUGCGUUCUUCAUGGCGGUCGGCAACGUCUUGGGGUACGCGGCCGGCGCCUACUCCCACCUCCACAAGAUGUUCCCCUUCACCAUAACCAAAGCAUGCGACGUCUACUGCGCCAACCUCAAGAGCUGCUUCUUCCUCUCCAUCACUCUCCUCCUCGUCCUCACCAUCGUGGCCUUGACGUCGGUGAAGGAAACGACGCCAAAUGAUGGCGUCGUCGCGGAGGGGGAGAUCGAGCCCCAGUCGACGACAGCUAAGUCCGUGCCUUUUUUCGGUCAAAUGAUUGCGGCGUUCAGGGAGCUGCAGAGGCCAAUGCUCGUGUUGCUUCUGGUGACGUGUCUCAAUUGGAUUGCGUGGUUCCCGUUCUUGCUGUUCGACACUGAUUGGAUGGGGCGGGAGGUGUACGGAGGCCAAGUUGGGAAGGGGCGGUUGUACGAUUUGGGGGUGAGGGCAGGUGCGCUUGGGCUGAUGCUAAACGCCGUCGUUUUGGGGUUCAUGUCGCUUGCCAUUGAGCCUCUGGGCCGGUGGGUUGGUGGGGUCAAGCGAUUGUGGGGCAUUGUCAACUUCCUGCUGGCUAUCUGUUUGGCUAUGACUGUUUUGAUCACCAAAUUGGCCCAGUCGAGUCGGCACGCUUCUAUCGCUGCCGGGCAUGGCGGAGCUGAGCCUCCGCCGCCAACUGCGGGUGUCAAGGCCGGUGCACUGACGCUGUUUGCGGUGCUGGGUAUUCCUCAGGCGGUGACCUUCAGUAUUCCCUUUGCUCUGGCAUCCAUAUUUUCUAGCACUUCUGGUGCAGGCCAAGGGCUUUCUUUGGGAGUCUUAAACCUUGCAAUUGUCAUACCACAGAUGUUCGUGUCAGUAACUAGUGGACCUUGGGAUGAUUUGUUCGGAGGCGGGAAUUUACCGGCGUUUAUUGCGGGAGCCGUAGCAGCUGUAGCAAGUGGAGUAUUGGCUCUCUUUAUGCUUCCAUCUCCGCCGGCUGAUCUGCCGUCUAAUAAAAAUGCAAGACCUAUAGCUGCUGGGUUUCAUUGA